AUGAAUUUCAAUUUACUGAACCCGGCCACUGCGCCAGUCAUGGCGCCCCGAUUGGGAAAAAUGGCCAUUGCAGGCCGAAAAGCCAUCUUGACGCCACAUUAUAUCCCACUCAGCACGCGCGGCGCAGUCGCUCAUGUCGCCCAUGAUAUAAUACGGGAUCAGACGGCUAUAUCAAGCUUAUAUAUCGGCCUUGAGGAUUCCAUUCCUCCGAUAUACAAAAUACCCAUCGAACCACACGAGUCUGCUCUUCGGAAAUUCAUAUGCAUGCCAGAAGAUACCCUUCUAGUCAUGGGUCCGCGCCGCAUCCCACCCAUCACCUGCCCACCAACAAAUACACCCAACGCAAUCGCAAUCCUAACGAGCGUCGGAUUUCGCCAUAUGGCCGGCGAGGAGUACAUCGGCGCAAUAAAGAAACUCAAACCGGAUAUUGUGGUUGGACUUGCAGACCUGGUCGUCGGGCAGGCACCCGGUGUCAAGCGAAGGGUGAAGAUGGUGGACCGCACGCAUGCGUUUACGAUGGAUGCCACGGAGGAGCUAUACGGGGAGGGCGUUGCGGAGGGUGAACGGUCUAAAGCAGCGUAUUUUGCGCCUGUGUUGCCGUUGGAAAAUACACAGCAAUCUCUGUAUUUGGAGGAAUUGGAGGAUGAGAUGCGGCCGUAUAUCUCGGGGUUGGCGUUAUAUGAAGCUGCGUCGUUGUCUAUUGUCCCAGAGAGUCUGGGUAAACUGCCUCGAUUGCUGUUCAGCGCACCUACCACCCCCCAGGAUAUUCUACGGGAGGUGUCGUUAGGAGCAGACCUCCUGACAAUCCCGUUCAUGGGCGAAACCUCUGAUGCUGGUAUGUCCUUGACAUUUACCUUCCCAGCACCACCUCCAGAAACCGCCGAACCUCAACCCCUAGCAAUGGACCUAUGGUCCUCCGUCUUCACCACAGAUACCCGCCCUUUAGUCGAAGGCUGCCAAUGCUACACCUGCCAAAAACACCACAGAGCAUAUAUCAACCACCUCCUCUCCGCAAAGGAAAUGCUAGCAUGGACGCUCCUCCAACUCCACAACCACCACGUCGUGGACCUUUUCUUCUCUGGAAUCAGAGAAAGUAUUCAAUGCAGCACAUUUGAAGCGGAUGUGCAGGCUUUUGAGCGGGUCUAUGAGCCAAAAUUACCUGAGAAAACGGGCGAGGGCCCUAGACUCCGUGGUUAUCAUCUCCCACCGUCAGGAGCGUAUCAACCGAAACGUAAUCCCCGAAAAUAUGGCCGUCUUGACGAUGCAGCUGAGAGGUAUGCUGAGUCGACGUCAUCAAUUGCAACGCCAGAUGGUGGUGCGACUGAACUCGAGGAACAUGGGUUUGCGGAGAAGACUGCUCCAUGA